AUGUCCUUCCUCCGCAAGAUUCGCAAUAGACUGGAUAGAGACGCGGGUGAACAGCAUUCAAGUUAUGCGCCUCCUCCUGGACCGUCUCCUCCUACUGGGCAACAGGCAUAUCAUGCGCCACCCCCCGGCCCUCCUCCCUCGAGCGCGCAACAGGCGUAUUAUGCGCCACCCUCGGGGCCUCCUCCAGGCCGGACAGCCCCUCGUGGACCACCCCCUUCUGCACCUCCUCCUACUUGGACUGCAGCUCCAGAGCGUUCUCACACCCUGGGCCUCCUGAGUGACGCCCCGGAAGACGAGUUCGAUGCAGCAGAACAGUUUUGCAGCGUCAACCCUCUCGAGCAACCGCGCUUCAUCUCCUCGGCAGACGUCGAACGUAUCGUUGAGCGCGGAGCGGGUGCUUGGGGUCUUGUAACACCCACACUACGCCGUUUCGACGGUUCUGUCUCUGGCGAUAAUAAGAAGGGUCUUUCCGGCGCCUGGCGCGUCACGACUCGCAAGAAAUGCGGCGAUACGUGCAUCUUGAGCAACCUGCCGAUUAUCGGUGGGAUGUAUGAUGUGCCCAGAGGUAAGCUGGGCGUGUACUACGAGGUCCUCAUCCACAAGAUGGAGGGUACAAUUGCUGUCGGAACGGCAUGCCGACCCUACCCAGAGUACCGUCUCCCAGGUUGGAACAGGCAAUCCGCAGCCCUCCACCUCGACGACAUGCGCAAGUUCUUCGAAGACGGUGACGGCGGGCGGGACUAUGCUUCCCACUUGAAGGUCCACCCAGGCUGUGUGAUUGGCUGUGGCUACGAGUUCUCGACCGGGGCUAUAUUCUUCACAUACAACGGCCAGCGGCAGCCUGAUGCUUUCCCAAGCGUCUAUAUGCCGCGCGGGUUAGCGGACGUAUAUGCAUGCCUGGGCGUUCAGGGAGAGUGCGUUUUCGAAGUCAACUUCGGAACGGCAGGGUUUGCGUGGAAGGAGGCAGAAGAGUGGAAGUGGAGGCUCGAAGGACAUGUCGGUGUUACUGGUCAGGCGGGGUCCUCUGGACCACCGGAGGAGCUGCCAGCAUAUACGCGGACAGCCCGAUCGUUGCGUCGAUAG